AUGAGUGACACCAGGCAGUUAUGGGAUAAUUCAUUCCAGUUCUUUUUUGCCUGUAUUUCUUAUGCAGUGGGACUUGGGAAUGUUUGGCGUUUUCCCUAUCUGUGCCAGAUGCAUGGAGGAGGAGGGUUUUUAAUUCCAUACUUGCUUAUGCUAAUUCUGGAGGGAAUGCCAUUGCUUUACCUUGAAUUAGCAGUGGGUCAACAUAUGCGGAAGGGGAGCAUUGGCUCUUGGAAAGUUGUAAGCCCUUACCUCAUUGGAGUUGGCAUUUCGGGUGCUGUAUCUUCUUUCUAUCUUUGUGUUUACUACAAUUCGAUUAUAGGCUGGGCCUUGUGGUACCUCUUUAAUUCAUUUCAGGAUCCUCUACCUUGGGCCUUCUGUCCACUGAACAGCAACCUUACAGGAUAUAUCAGUGAAUGUGAGAAGAGCUCUUCAACAGAAUACUUUUGGUAUAGAAAAACACUGAAUAUUUCACCAUCAAUUGAAGAACAAGGAGGCAUACAGUGGGAACAGGCCAUUUGCUUGAUUAUGGCAUGGUUGAUUGUGUAUCUUUGCAUCCUCAAGGGAACCAAGUCAACUGGCAAGGUGGUUUAUGUGACAGCAUGUAUGCCAUAUGUGGUUCUCAUUAUAUAUUUAGGCAGAGGACUAACAUUACAUGGAGCAAUAAAUGGCCUAGUUUAUAUGUUCACACCAAAGAUUGAGGAACUUAUGAAUCCAAAAGCUUGGAUCAAUGCUGCUACUCAAAUCUUUUUUUCUCUUGGUUUGGGCUUUGGGAGCCUAAUUGCAUUUGCCAGCUACAACCCACCCAAUACAAACUUUGAAAAACAUGCCAUUAUGGUAUCCUUAAUCAACAGUGGUACAUCCAUAUUUGCUAGCAUUGUAACUUUCUCUAUUUAUGGAUUCAAAGCAACAUACAACUAUGAACACUGCAUUGACAGGAUGGUGUUACUGUUGAUAAACACAUUCGACUUGAAAGAAGGAACUGUAAAUGUAACUAACAUUGAUGAAUGGAAAUUGUACCUAAACUCCUCAUUCCCAGACACGUAUGCCACAAUAGUUCCUGAUAUCGAAAACUGCAACUUGGAAUCAGAAUUAGCUACAGCUGUCCAAGGAACUGGACUUUCAUUCAUUGUGUACUCAGAAGCAAUCGCAAACAUGCCACUGUCGCAAUUCUGGUCAGUACUCUACUUCAUAAUGCUACUUAUGCUUGGAAUUGGAAGCAUGCUGGGAAAUACUGCAGCAAUUACUACUGCCCUGAAAGACUUCAAGAUAAUUGAGAAACACCUGUCUGAUGAAAUGCUUGCAGGUAUUCUCUGUGUUACAUGCUGUUUAGUUGGACUGAUGUUCACCACGGGAUCUGGAAAUUAUUGGUUUGACAUAUUUAAUGACUAUUCAACUACCCUUUCACUGCUCUUAAUUGUCCUCGUGGAAACCUUGUCGAUUUGCUACGUAUAUAAAAUAAAAAGAUUUUCAUCGGAUAUUGAGCUGAUGCUUGGACACAAACUUAGCUGGUACUGGAAAAUUAUGUGGAGUGUUAUCAGCCCUCUGUUGAUAAUCAGCCUGUUUAUAUUCUACAUCAUAGACUACAUUUUGGCAGGGCAGCUGAGGUACCAGGCAUGGGACUCCCAUCUUGGACAGUUGGUUACCAAGGAUUAUCCUGUAUUUGCAGAAGCAUUCAUUGGAUGCAUUGUCGUCUCCUCAAUGAUUUGCAUUCCUUUGGCUGCCCUAGUGAUCCUAAUACAACAGAAAAUUCAUUGAUAAUACAAAAUAAUUGUAUAACAAUAUGACAGUGAAAAUUCUUUACUCACAGCAUUGCCAGUAUACUUCAACAGAUGUCAAUUCAAACAGAUACAAUAGCUGAUGUAAACAUUCACAAGGAUUUAUUAACUAACGUUUUGAAAAUAAUUCACAAAAUGUUUGUUUUAUGUGGCUUAUAUAUCAAAAUAAUGCAUUUAAAAUGUUUUGACUGCAAUGGUCUUGAUUCCAGAUAAACUGUAGUGCCCCUUUUUGCUGUAACAUUAUUAAAACAGUAGGCUGAGUGGAGUGGAAAGCUUAAUUGCUAGAUAGGUCAUGUACAGUAUAAAAAUUGUAAGUACGUUCUGUAAUAUGAACUUUUUUUAUUAAAUGUGUUUAGUAUAACAGAACAUAUUUGGUAAAGUUAUAAGGCAACAAUGUUUGAAUCAUCAGCAGAAAAUUAUUGGAAACAUCCUGUAUGCUGUGCAAUAUAAAAUGUAAUGUCUAGUGUUUCAUUUUUUUUUCACUUUUUUAUGAUGUUUAUUAUGUGUUCUUCAUUGGCUGUGCUACAUUUAACUUAAACUUUUUUUAAUUAUUUUA